AUGAGCAUGAAUUUUGUGUUUGGCCUACCGCGUGAUGUGGCAGGCAACACUGGGAUUGUGGUCUUUGUUGACCGACUGAGCAAGAUGGCUCACUUAGCGGCCGUGCCGGACUCCAUCGAUGGAGAAGGAACAGCAAAGCUGUUCAUGGAUCGUGUGUUUCGACAACAUGGAUUGCCUGUGGCAAUUGUCUCUGAUAGAGACCCCCGUUUUACGGGUAAGUUUUGGAAGUCAGUCUUUAAAGUGCUGGGCACUCGACUGGACAUGUCCACGGCGGAUCAUCCGCAGACCGACGGUCAGACUGAGCGUGUUAACCGCGUCAUCAACGACAUUUUGCGCAGUAUUUGCGCUGAUACGCCUAGGCGUUGGAGCACAAUGCUCCCUCUGGUUGAGUUUGCGUUGAAUAACGCGGUGCAUGCCUCAACAGGCUUCACCCCAUUCUAUAUGAAUGGUUUCAUUAACCCUCGCGUUCCGUUAACGCUAUCACUACGUGAAUCAGGGCUUGUUGGGGGAGAGGUUGCCGAUCGGCUUGCUGAUAUCAGCCCUGCUACUGUUAAAAAACAGGUAAGCGAGUUUCUCGCAACGUGA